AUGAAUGAUUCCCCUGGCUCCAGAGACAAUGAUGAAACUGAAAGAUCACUUGAAAAGCAACAAAAAGGACAACGCGGAAGCACAUGCGGAAGACCACAAUCAUGGGACAAUGUAAGUAAUACAACCAUUCAAAACUGCUGGAACAAGACAAGAAUUCUCCCGAACACAAAUGAGCCAGAUAUGGAUACUGUAGAUCAACCCGAAAGCGAUAUUCUAUUAGAAAAUAAUGAAAUUGAGGAAAUAGUUGCUAAAUUACUAGAUGAAAGUUCAUAUGCGCCAGAGACAGCUCAAAUCAUAACAACAUAUCUACAAGUGAUUGAUGAACCUGUUGCUACAGAAGAAAUACUCGAUGACGAGGGGAUCAUUUCUAUGGUUCAAGCUGAUGAAAAUGAAGAAUCAGUCAGCCAAGAAAUUGAAGGUGAAGAUGAAGUACCUGAUCCACCCGUAACAGCUGCUGAAGUAUUUAAUGCAAUGCAAACUGUUAUUCGCUAUAAAGCACAGGAAAAUUCAGA